GUUCACAGACACAGUUAACCAUAAUAAGUAUAUCAAUAAAUAUAUAUUUAUAUAAAAAUGAAGAGAGUUAUGAUAAUGUUUGCUUUUUUGACAAUUCUUGUUACUAUGGUUGCAUCGAAAUCUUCACCAGAAAUUUUCGUAUCCGAUAGUGGUGCGGAGUAUAUUGUUGUUGAUAAAGAACCAGAGCACUGCGAAGCCGGAAAAAAAUACAAAGUAGAUUGUAAUUUGUGCUCGUGUUUGGAUGGUAAUAAUAUGGCGUGCACUAGACAAAGGUGCAAUCCGAUCAAAAACGAUAGCGACCAAAAAGUAUCAUGGGGACCUUUAUGGAAACAAGGAGACUCCUGUGAACCCAAUAGAACAUUCUACAGCGAAUGCAACGAAUGUCAUUGUGGACCUGAUGGAAGCCAUGCAGUUUGUACUAUGAAAGCUUGUUUCCGGCCAACAGCUUCGAAAACUGAUUAAACAAAUAAAGUAAUUUGUGAACUGAAAAUUUUAUAAUCAAAAGAGAGCUAAAAAGUAUAAGAUUAGCUUGUAGAUUUCAUAGUUAACUUUACCCGAAAUUCUUCACUAAUAUUUAAUUAUUUAAAAAGUCAAUUUUUCAAUUCCUUAAUUAUUAAUUAGGUAUGUAUAUUAUUUAGUAAUUAAGGAAUGAAUAUUUACUGCCAAAACUCCACUUUUAUAAAAAAUUAAAAUGUAGCAAUGAAUACUAACA